AGCAACUAGCAAGAAGCACAAUUGAUGGAUUCCUUGGAAUCACACACACAACCAUUAUCCUGCAAAAAAAAAAAAAUUGUCUUUUGACCCCACUUCCUCUCUCUCUCUCUCUCUCUCUCUCCCCCAGACGAAGAAAAUGGAAAAUACAUCAUCAUCCAUGAGAUAUCUUCCCCUGACACAACAACAAAGACAUGGUAAAAUCAUUGUUUCUUUGAAUAUAAUCUACUCACAAUCUUAAGAAACGAAACAAAACAAAAAUGCAAAAACCAAUAGAAGGUCGAGGAGUAGGAGGAGGUGGAGGUGAGCCAGAAGGAAUGAAGUCAAUGGAGGUGGAUCUUGAUCUCGAUAACUCUUGGCCUUUAGAUCAGAUCUCUUUCAUGUCCUCAAACCCCAUGUCUCCUUUUCUUAUUUCUACUUCUACUGAACAGCCUUGUUCUCCUCUUUGGGCUUUCUCUGAUGCCGUUGAUGAUAGACUUGCUGCUACUGCUUCUGGUCAGGCUUCCCCUGCUUUCGCUGCUGCUGCCGCCCCCCGCUUGUCUGAUUAUCCUAUCUUACUCACAUGUAAUCCAAAUUUGAUAACCGAAAGCCAAGGGGAAAAUGAUGAUAACAGUAAACUUCCUUCUCCAUUUUUGGGAUUGUUGCCUAUUGACAACCCAGAUGGGUAUUGUAUGAUUAAAGAGAGAAUGACACAGGCCCUAAGAUAUUUCAAAGAAUCAACUGAACAACAUGUUCUAGCUCAGGUUUGGGCACCUGUGAAGAAUGGGGGUCAACAUGUAUUGACAACUUCAGGGCAACCCUUUGUUCUGGACCCUCAUAGUAAUGGACUUCAUCAGUAUAGGAUGGUCUCUCUCAUGUACAUGUUCUCUGUGGACGGCGAGAGUGACAGAGAGCUUGGGCUUCCUGGCCGUGUUUUCAGACAAAAAUCUCCAGAAUGGACUCCAAAUGUUCAGUAUUACUCCAGCAAGGAGUAUUCACGGCUUGAUCAUGCUCUGCGCUACAAUGUCCGAGGAACAUUGGCUUUGCCGGUCUUUGAACCUUCCGGACAGUCUUGUGUUGGUGUUCUUGAGCUCAUUAUGAAUUCACAGAAGAUCAACUAUGCACCUGAGGUUGAUAAAGUGUGCAAGGCACUUCAGGCAGUAAAUUUAAAAAGUUCAGAGAUAUUGGAUCCUCCAAGCAUACAGAUUUGUAAUGAAGGUCGCCAAAAUGCGCUGUCUGAAAUCUUGGAGAUAUUGACAAUGGUGUGUGAAACUCAUAAAUUGCCCUUGGCUCAGACAUGGGUUCCAUGCAUACAUCGUAGUGUCUUAACGUAUGGUGGUGGUCUGAAGAAGAGUUGUACCAGCUUUGAUGGCAAUUGCAAUGGCCAAGUCUGUAUGUCCACUACUGAUGUGGCAUUCUAUGUAGUGGAUGCUCACAUGUGGGGUUUUCGGGAGGCCUGUCUUGAGCAUCACUUACAAAAGGGUCAGGGUGUUGCUGGGAGGGCGUUUUUGUCCCAGAACUCAUGCUUCUGCCCAGAUAUCACCCAGUUCUGCAAGACUGAGUAUCCUCUAGUACAUUAUGCACGCAUGUUUGGAUUAACCAGCUGUUUUGCAAUCUUCUUGCGGAGCAGUUAUACUGGAGAUGAUGAUUAUAUUCUUGAAUUUUUUCUGCCCCCUAGCAUCACAGACAGUCACGAACAGAAGACAUUUUUAGGCUCCAUAUUGGCAACAAUGAAGCAGGAUUUCCAGAGUCUCAAGGUUGCUUCAGGGAUGGACCUUGAAGAGGAAGGAUUUGUAGAGAUGAUUGAAGCCACUACUAAUGGGAGACUUGAAUGCAUUCAGAUACCCCAACCUGCAAAAUCUCCCCCUGGUGAUAAUAUGUUGCCAAAUGAAGGACACAUUGAGCAAAUUGAUUCAGAAAAGAACAAGUUAAUGUUUGACUUGGAUGUCAUAAAAAAUGGAGGCAGUGCUGUUCAAGCUGACAGAAGACAAACUCCUCCAUCUCAUCCAGAGAAGAAAGAUACAAGAAAGCCAACAGAGAGGAAACGCGGAAAGGCAGAGAAAACAAUUAGUCUAGAGGUUCUCCAACAAUAUUUUGCUGGAAGUCUGAAAGAUGCUGCAAAGAGACUUGGUGUUUGCCCUACUACAAUGAAGCGCAUUUGCAGGCAGCAUGGGAUCUCCCGCUGGCCAUCUCGCAAGAUCAACAAGGUUAAUCGUUCCCUGUCUAAGCUAAAGUGGGUAAUUGAAUCAGUCCAAGGCACUGAAGGAACAUUUGAUUUAACUCCUCUUACUACAAGUCCACUUCAUGUUGCUGAUGGCACCGUCUCUUGGCCUUCCAAUUUGAAUGGGAGCAAUCAACAGACCUCACCAAACUCUAAACCCCCUGAAUAUCAUGGCAACAGGAAUGGAUCACCUAUCUGUAGAAAACCAGGAAGUGAUGGGCAGGCUGGUUUUGAAGAUCAAUUGCUAGGAUAUAGAAUAUUGAGUCAAGAGAAACUCACUGUGCAAAACAGGUUUUCACCAGAGUUAGGUCGAGGCUCAAACAGAUCCAAAAAAAGGAGUGGCUCAAGGGAUGGGAGUGCAGGGACUCCUACUUCUCAUGACUCAUGCCAAGGUAGCCCAGAAAAUGAAAGUGCACCUGUAAAGGACCCAUCUGUUUCUCCUGUCCAUGAGCGAUGUAUUAAAGCUGGGGGGUCACCUGAACUGGCUCUUCAACAAACCAAGGAACAAAAUCUGUCAACUGCAUACUCAAUACCUGAUGCUCUUGUUGCAACAGAAGCCCAUGCACCGUUUGGUGGAAUGCUAAUAGAGGAUGCGGGGAGCUCGAAAGAUUUGAGAAACCUUUGUCCUGCUGUGGCAGAUGCUAUUGUGGAUGAACGAGUUCCAGAAUCUAGUUGGACAGAUCCUCCAUGUUUCAACAUGCUUCCCACACAAAUGUUUGCUGCUCCUUUGCAUGCAAUUCCGCAGGCAACACCUAGGCAAGAAAUGAAGAGUGUAACCAUAAAGGCAACAUACAGGGAAGACGUAAUAAGGUUUCGAAUUUCUCUGAGUUCUGGGAUUGUGGAGUUGAAAGAGGAAGUGGCCAAGAGGCUGAAGUUGGAGGUGGGUACUUUUGACAUCAAGUAUCUGGAUGAUGAUCAAGAGUGGGUUCUGAUAGCAUGUGAUGCUGACUUGCUGGAGUGCAUGGAUGUUUCAAGGUCAUCAAGCAGUAAUAUAAUCAGGCUCUCAGUUCAUGAUGCAAAUGCCAAUCUUGGGAGCUCCUGUGAGAGCACUGGGGAGUUAUGAUUAGGCCAUCUCUGUAAAUAUGGAAAGUUUUGAGCACAAUUAUUAGAUUACUAGGCAAACGAAGCUGUAGAAUUUUGGUUCAGAGAAGUUGACUGGAUUGUAAGAAAUUUUCCUUCGAGUUAUAGAGAUCCACUUCUUUAGAUUUA